AUGGCACUUUCCGAAGCGAAUAAAUGGGAAAAACACUUACCAGAUUUGCCUUCAUAUAAAAAAUAUACAGAGCUGGAUAAUGUGGUAAUCAGUGGGGAUGAUAAUGAUUACUGUAAAAAAAGUUUAGAAAGUACAGAAGAAGGGGAUAAGGCAUUUUGUAAUAAAAUAGCAAAGAAUUUAUCAAUAUUAAAAAAUGAAAAAGAUAUGCAAAAACGUACAUAUGAUUGUUAUUACUUUAAUCACUGGUUAUACGAUAAUAUUGGGAAAAAAUAUUAUGACGGAAAUACUAAAGGUGAAAAAGGCAAUGUUUCUGAAAAUCUUUUUAAUUUUGUGUCAUUAGCUAAUUCAAAGUAUAUCUUUAUACCAUCAUGUAACGGCAACUCUUAUGGCAAACCGGAAGAGUGGAAAGUAGAAAAAGACUUGCACGAUUAUUUUGAAAAUCACAAAGAUAUUAAAUGCAACGAUUCUGAUAAGUCUAAGUGCGAAAAAUAUGUGAAUUAUGUUACAUAUAUUAAAACUUUAUAUGAAGAAAAAAAAGAAAAAUGUUGUUAUGAAGAAGAAUUGGAUGAAGAUGAAUUUUGUGAACCUUAUUUUAAAUGUGAAAGUACAUAUAAUCCGAAAGAUUUAUUAACAAAAUUACAAAAAGAACUUCAGGCAUUAGAAAAAAAGUUAGAGGCAGGAGGUGCAGAGGAAACACUUCAACCGAAAAAGGGUGAACAAACAGGCCCAGAAAAGUCAGGACAAGAAGAGACGAAGUCGGAAAUAGCAGCGGCUGGAGAUUCAACCCCGAAGGGGGAAGAUGGUGCAUCAGCAAAAGCUUCAGAGAAAGAAUCUGGGGCAGCAAAACAUGGAGAAACAACACCUGCACCUGCAGAAACCGUAGAGGCAAAAUCUGCAACGACAAUACUAGCACCGCCAGAACCUGCACUUGUGAAACCUGCACCUGCAAAACCCGUAGCGGCAAAAGCACCAGUAGAAAAAUCCAUAGCGCCAGAACUUGGAGGGGCGAAACCUGCAGCAGCAAAACCCGAAACGGAAAAAGUAGCAGAAGCAAACCUUGCAACGGCAGAAUCUCAAGUGGCAAAACCUGUUGCAGCAAAACCCGUAGCGUCAAAACCUGAAAAGGAAAACCUCGAGGCGGCAGAMUCUGAAAAGGCAAAACCUGCAGCAGCAGAACCCGUAGCGGUAAAACCUAAAGAAACAGUAUCUGAAGAAGAWUCAGCUGAAACGGAAGAAGCUGAAGAGGAAGAAAAUGAAGAUGACACAGCUGAAGGGGUAACAGCUGAAGAGAUAACAACUGAAGAGGUAGUAACGGAAACGACAAGUACUUUGCAACAUGAAGAAACUUUAAGUCCCACGCCAAUAGAGAACGCUGAACAGAAUGUUCAUGUGAUAUCAUCUCAUAAUACAGAGCCUGCAAGCAAUUUAGUUCCUCUAACAAUUGCGGAUUCCACUAAUACAUUAGGAACGGCACAUGAAGGGUUGAACUCAAAUUUUUUUCGUAACGUCAUCAUGGCCAUUGCAGUACUUGGAACAAUUUUCUUCCUUUUCUACUACAACAGGUCUUCAAGAUUGGAAUCAAGUUUACGCAAAAAAAAAAAGAAAAAGGGGAAAAUAUUUGAGCAUAAUUACUACGAAGAGUAUGAAAAGGAGUUAGCAAUGUAUGGUUCUGAGGAAACGUUUUUAGAUUCUGAAACCAAUCGAUUAUACUUGAAUUAUCACCCCGAUCAAGACUCAUAUUAUUAA